UGGCUACACAGACGCGCCUGACGGAAACGCGUGGCACUGUCAUCACCGAGCGAGCGUCGCUGUGUUAACUAGUUAACGGUAUUUUGAAUUACUAGUGCAAGCAGACAGUGCGAGCGAAUGAACUAACUGUAAAUACGAUUGCAAAAAAUUGAUAGCGAAGGAGGAGCACAAAAAAGUUUUGCUAGUGGGCAAUUCUUGAUUUCGUAUAUAUGUGUCAGUGUGCAACUGUGUGUGCUUAUGUGUGUGGCUUUGGAUCUGGAUCUGGUUUGAUUAAAGCGCCGCGUGUGUGAUUAGUUGUGUGAAUUGUUUUUGUGUGCAAUCAGCUAAUUGACAGGCUACUCUUCCUAUUCUGCAAUUUGAAAUAUCUAGCUCCAAUGAAUGGCUGGGUUUGGUCUUAACUUGAUUUGAAAUCAACGAACUGUACUCGACAAAAGGCCAGUGAUCACUGAACGGAGUCUCUGGGCCACAUAAAAGCGCUGUCGCUACGGCAACAGACUUCGCCACGCUGGCAGCGACGCCGGCAGCAAUUGUGACGCCGACGACAACUGCGGUAGCGUGUAACGGAAGAAAUUGCUCAUAACUUGCCCUGAGUAAGGCGACAGACGGCUAGGCGGGGCAGGGCGUGACGCUGGCAAAGCUGGGGUAAUAAACUGGGACAACAACUUUAAAAGUACAAACCAAGUGCACGGAUUGAAGAGCACAGACCGGGAACAAUGCAAAAUGCGAUGUCAGCAACAGAAGCAACUGCUGCAACAACAACAACGAAAACAACAACGAGAACUACAACGAGAACAACAGCAAGAACAACAACUGGAAACAAGUCAACAGCAGCUUAAAACAUAAUACGCUAACGGCUGCCAGCAAAGGGGGCGAAAAGCGAAAAGCGAAAGAGACUUGGAGGAAAAACAAAGGAAUGAUGAGAAAACGUUGUUGUAAUUAGUAAACGGAUGGCUGACAAGCAGCAGCACAGCAUGAAUCAUAAGUUGAGGCGGAAACGGAAGUGCACGCCCAAUAAAACUGACAGCCAACAGCAGGAACAACAACAACAGCAACAACAAGGAGCAGGCGUCAACUAAAUGUUGCAACAAGAAUUGCAAAUGCCAAACAAAUUGCGAUCAUGUGUGACGUUGAGCAGGCGUUUAAGAGCAAUCAAAGCGACGACAAUGAGGACGAGCAACAGGAACUGGAACAGGAGCAGCAGGAGCUGGACGAGCCGCAGCUCAGUCAGGAGGCUGUCGGCGUGAAGUCCAGUGUUCUAGUCAAACGCCACGCUUCCGAACGUUGCUUGGGUCAGCUGCUGAAGCUGCUGCUCUCCGCGCCCGGCCUCGUUCUACUGGUUACAGGGUAUUCGGUGCUGGGUGCACUCAUAUUCCCACUGCUGGAGGCACCGCAGGACCUGAGCAAGUCGGCGGCCAUUGCCAAGAGCCGGGAGGAUUGUCUGCGCGAAUUGUGGAUCAUAACGGAGAAACUCAACGUGCUGUAUGAGCGCAAUUGGACGAUGCUGGUGCACGAGCAGCUGCGCCGCUUCGAGGGCUCCAUCGUAGCUGCCACGCGUCCCGGCGGCGCAGCUGGCGCCGUGGCGGGACCUGGGGCGAGCGCCAGUGCCAGUGCGCUGGGGCACUUUGGCUACGACGCUGGCGACACGCAGAGCUGGACGUUUAGCGAGGCGCUGCUCUACUCAGUGACUGUGAUAACAACAAUUGGCCAUGGCAGCCUGACGCCGCGCACAGCUGCUGGGAAGCUGGCGACCAUCUUCUAUGCGCUCAUCGGGGUCCCUUUGAUGCUGAUGUGUUUGUCGAGCUUGGGAGCGCUGCUCGCUGAGGCGCUGCAGUGCACCUACAUGCGGCUCUGCUGCCAGCUGCAGCGCAGCCGGAACUCUGGAGGGGAAAAGAAUGGAACGACGAUGACGACGGGCACACUGACAAAGCGACGUCAAUGCGCUGGGAAUGGGGCGAACUGCAAAGGCUGCAGCAGCGAAACGAUUCUCUGCGAACGGUAUGAGUGUGGCCAAGUGAGAGGGACGACGUCGGAGGCUGCGACAACAAUGAAGCGCAAGCUGUCGCUGGAACAAGGCGAAGAUGCCUGUCAAUUGUUGCGCAAUGCGAUGCCAAGCAAGUUGAAUCAGCAGCAGCAGCAACAGCAGCAGCAGCAGUUUUACCAGCAGCAACAGCAGCAGCCUGAUGUCAUGCUAAUGACAACAACAACGACUGGCAAUGCGUUGCUGAAAUAUGCACCGUUGCCACAACAACAGCAGCAGGAGCGGCAGCAGCAACAGCAGCACCAGCGUCAGCAAUACAUUAACGCAUCACAGCAGCAGCAGCAGCAAUUAUCGACAACAACAUUGCCACGACAACACCAGCAACAGCAGCAGCCUCCAAAUUUUGUCGCCGUGCCGAGCAGCAUGCUGCGUUUUACUGCUGCACCCACUAUGCCCCUGGCAGCAGGAGGCCCUCAGAAUUGCUAUGCUCCAGCCACGGCCACAAUUUACUUUCCAUUCGCGUCUGCCACGGGCAGCACAAGCAACUGCGCUCAGCCAUUGGUCAAGUAUCAUACGAUACACUUGCAGCCCGCUGCCAAGCAACAGCAUCGAUUGCUGAGCACUCUGGAUGCUGCGCCAGCAGCAACGGCAACAGCAACGGGAACGGGAACGACAACGACAACGGCGACGGCAGUCGACCUGACGGCAGCAACAUCCACUCUGGAGGCCAUCACAUUGCCUCCCCCACCUGCCUAUCAGACAGCUAAUAUGCAUGCCGUGCGACGGGCCAAAUUUGUGGCGCAGCCGCUGGCACCAGAAGUCAAUGCGCUGCUGUGUGGGGGAUCGAGUGAUUUAUCCUGCAGGCAUGAUUCAUUGUCGCAUGCAUUAUCUGGAGCAGCUGCAACAACAGCAGCAUCAGAGGCAGCAACAGCAACAGCAUCAACAGGCGGUGCAUUGUUAACCUACACGGCAGCAACAAGCAGCCCGCAACUGUCAGGCGGCAUUAAGCCAACAGCAGCAGCAAAUGCAACAAUGCCCGAUAACAGUUUUAUGGCCGCAGGUGUCUAUUGCGCUGGAGUCAAUGCAACAGCAGCAACGGCAACAGCAACAACAUCUCCAGGAAUAGCAGCGAUAGCAACAACAGCAACAUCAACGACAGCAACAACUACAACAGCAGCAGCAUUGUCGGCGCUGCUGAGCUCGGCUGGCAAUGUGGACAUUAUGGAGGACGAAGAUGAGCUGGAGCGAGAACGUUCCAGCAAUUGCCCGCAUGGCACACCGUCUCGUGUGCCGUUGAUAGCGAGUUCCGGCUGCGGCCCUUUGACUCUGCCCCACGAGCUGCCGCUGGCAGAAAAGCCGGGCGCCGGCUAUCAGGCGCGCGGUCUGCUUAAUGCGACGGCGGCCAGCUUCAAUCGCCACACGCUACAACCGCUGAAUCGCAAGACUCUGAUGCUGACGCGCCGCUGCCAGAAGCACGCGACGGCGCUUUACGAUGCCACCGCCAACACAGAGACCUCCGAGGACGAGGAGUACAUGCAGCACGGCAGCGAGCAGUUCGUGCUGAAGAAGCUUAAGCACAGCCGUCGCAAUGGUUCCCAUGAGUGCGUGGAGCGCCAGCUCCAACACCAGCAUCGCCAGCAGCACUUGGAGGACGAUGACGACGAUGAUGACUAUAAUGAGGAGUCGCAGCGACAGGUGCCCAUUAGUCUGGUGCUCUUUAUACUGAUGUGCUAUAUAUGCGUGGGUACCGUUAUCUUUGCGCUGUGGGAGAACUGGUCACUGGUGGAUGGCGCGUACUUCUGCUUUGUCACGCUCUCGACAAUUGGCUACGGCGACUUUGUGCCGGCGCGCACCUUUAAUGGACCCGAGCUGCAGCUGUACGCCUGCUGUGCCUAUCUGCUGCUGGGCCUCGUCCUUGUAGCCAUGUCCUUCAGCAUACUGGAGACUCAGCUCAUGUGGAAGUGCAAACGCAUUGCCGUGCGACUGAAGCUAACCAGCGAUUGAUCCAGCUGCGCCAUCUCCCAUGUUGUGUAUAUGUGUAUGUGUGACCAGGACACGCUCCUAUUAGACAUAGUUAUUAGUGCUAAAUGUAAUCGAUAUAUGCUAAUGCAUGCUUAAUCAGCUGUAUAAUACCUAGUCUAAAUACAUAUAAACAAACAGUA